AUGCUCGGUCUCGUAAACUGGAGAUUGAGAGUUACGAUCAACGAUGGGCGCGCCCUAACAGGCCAAAUGCUAGCAUUCGACAGACACAUGAACCUCGUCUUGGCCGAUUGCGAGGAGUUCCGACGCGUGAGGCCGAAGAAGAAAGCUGGAGAGGAGACGGCUCCGGAGCAAGAGAUGAAGCGUGCGUUGGGGUUGGUUAUCUUGCGGGGAGAGACUGUUGUCAGUUUGUCCGUUGAGGGACCGCCGCCUGUCGUGGAUGAGGACAAGAAGAACGCUCUGCCCAUGGGACCUGGUAGAGGUAUGCCUGCGGGACGUGGAAUGGGGAUGAUGCCUCCAGCCUUAGCGCGUCCCCCCAUGCCGUUUGCGCCCCCUGGUAUGCCUGGCCCGCCACCCGGGUUUAUGCCUCCAGGUUUCCCUCCAGGCAUGUCGUUCCCCCCUGGCCCCCCAGCAGGAUUUAGCGGACCCCCGCCAGGCUUCCAACUGCCUCCUCAGUGA